AUGGCUCCAUCUGCAGACCAACGUAUAGACGAAGAGUCUUAUUCAUCAUGGCGCCAACGCUCCGAAUUGGAAAAGAUGGCCGAUCUACCCCAGGCUUUGGACGACGAACUCGCGCAUCUCGAUAAACAAUUUUGGAUUUCUGCUUCCAAGCUCAAGGAAAUUGUUAGCCGCUUUCGGGAAGAGCUAGAAGACGGCCUCACUAAAGACAACCAAAACAUCCCAAUGAACAUCACUUGGGUGCACAGUUUACCAUCAGGAAAAGAGAAGGGCACGAUAUUGACACUGGAUCUAGGUGGCACAAACUUGAGGGUUUGUAAAGUAGACUUGUAUGGAGACGAAGAUAGAAAAGAGGGGGACGGCAAACAUGGCAUGGAGCAAGAGCAGUAUAAGCUACCAAAAGAGCUGAAGAAAGGCGAUGCUGAUUCUCUCUGGAACUUCAUUGCGGAAAAAGUGGAGGCUUUCAUCAAAGACCAUAAAUUGAACCAGCAGUAUAGCAUGGAGAAGCCUAUGCCAUUAGGCUUUACCUUUAGCUAUCCAGCGACACAAGAACGUAUCGACCACGCAGUCCUGCAGACCUGGACAAAGGGCUUUGAUAUAAAGGGCGUAGAAGGUAAGGACGCUGCGAAGCAACUUCGAGAGAAGCUACAAGAGAGGAACUUGCCAGUCGAGUUGAUCUGCGUCAUUAAUGACACUGUCGGUGCAAUGAUCGCAUCGGCCUAUAACGAUCCAGAAACCAUCAUAGGCGGCAUCUUUGGUACAGGAUGUAAUGCAGCCUUCAUGGCCAACCUUUCCAGCAUCGCAAAACUGGACCCGAACGACGAAAGGAUCACAGAUGCAUCAUCCCAUAACGGCGCAACAAAGGGUGAAGAGAAGAUGGCCAUCAAUUGCGAGUACGGCGCUUUUGACAACUCGCACCGUGUCCUCCCUCGCACAAAGUACGACGAGGAGAUUGACGCAGAAAGCCCCCGGCCCGGCGAGCAAACUUUUGAGAAACUCUCCGCUGGUCUCUACCUAGGCGAGAUCUUCCGUCUCAUCUUAGUCGACCUCUUGGACCGCGGCCUCGUCUUCAAUCAAGCCUCAGAUAAUGAUACGAAAAAGCUGCGUGAGCCAUACAGCUUAGACACAGGUUUCCUCUCCCAGAUCGAAGACGACGAGUCACCCAAGUUCACCAAAACACGCGAACUCUUUCAGUCUACACUCUCGCUUCAGCCCUCAGAUGUAGAGAUCGAACUCUCACGCCGACUGGCUGAGAUGAUUUCUGUGCGCGGUGCGAGAUUAUGUGCUUGUGGCGUGGCGGCUAUCUGCACCAAAGAAGGUAUUGAGAAGGGUCAUGUCGCUGCGGAUGGCAGCGUGGCAAACAAGCAUCCAAAGUUUAAGAAGAGAUGGGCAAGGGCUUUGGGCGAAGUACUGGGGUGGAAAGAGGAGGAAUGUGGGGAGGGCAAGGGCCCAAUCACCAUUACCAGUGCCGAGGACGGAAGUGGAGUUGGUUGCGCGAUCAUUGGCGCUAUGGAGUUGGAGAGGAGGGCGAAGGUGAAGAGUCAUUGA